ACCUGUGGAAGUAGAAUAUUUGGGGACUAUGCAACUCAAAAGGAAACAUAGGUUUCCUCAAACUCGGGCCGAAGCGAAGCCGAAGCCGAACAUUCCACGCAAAUCCCCGUACGUUACAUCUGGCCUGCCUUCCGUCCUCCCAACCACGCCAAGCGGCUGCAAGAGCAAGAGUUGCUUAACCGUGAAGGACUCCAAGAAGCCAGCUGACACGUGUCGCCCCCCCGAGCUGCCAUGCCGAGCCAACUCCUUACACUUGUCCGAAACAUCCCAGCGUGGAUUUCACCCCCUCCAUACUGCUUAUUUGGCCUUCACAGCUCACCGUUAUAUUGCCACUUGUAAAUAUAUACGUACCCUCUCAAAGGCCAGCCCCAAGGGAUAUGGACGAGAAGGGGGAAGAUAAUGGCGAAGCAGGAGUAAUGAACAAUGGAAAGUCCGGCAAGGCGGCGGCGAAGGUGGCGGCGAGGGCGUCAAUGGGGCGGUCCAGGAAGGGAUGCAUGAAAGGAAAGGGCGGCCCGGAGAAUGCCAGCUGCACUUACAGGGGCGUCCGGCAGCGGACGUGGGGCAAGUGGGUGGCGGAGAUUCGCGAGCCCAACCGCGGCGCCAGGCUCUGGCUUGGCACGUUUAACACCUCUGUUGAGGCCGCCCUCGCCUACGAUGACGCCGCCCGGAAGCUCUAUGGCGCCUCGGCCAAGCUCAACUUGCCCGACCAAUACCACCCCCCUCCAAAGCCAGCUGCCGCCGCCUCCGUGUCCGCGGGCGGCGGCGGCGGCGGCAGCACCGACCUACAUGACGCAGUCGCCGGCACCGACCUACAGGAGGGCGUGGUCAGCUCCUUGAUGAUGGACGCCGGCGACGGAAACUAUCUGUGGGAGAGUUCGUCUCCUUCGUGUCCUAGCUUGUUUGAUGAUGUGCAAAUCCCAACAUGGCCGGGCCUUAUGCUGGAGACUGAUUUCUAUAGGACCAGCAGAGAUAUGGGGAUUUCAGGGAUUAAAGAAAAGGUAAUCAACUGAGA